AGAUUGGCUCUUCAAUUGUCAUCCUGAUGUGCAGAUAUCGAUAUGAUGACAAAUAUCAGUCAUGGGGCGUGGUUCAUCAUUCUGUAGCGUCCGAUAAAUCACCAUAUCUGAAAUAACAGUUGCUGAGCUCAUUUAAGUCAGUAAGUCUAGCCGAGCAAUGUUCUCUCUCCGCACUUAUUCUGCCAUUAUUAUUUUUUUCACUAUUAUUCAUUCAAUUUCUGCAACUGGAAAUCUCCAACUUACCCUCACUUCAUCUCAUGACUGUGUUAUCAAAUUGACCACAAGUUCUCUCCAUUCGGAACAUUUUCAUUUGGCAAUGGGAAAACCACGUGUUGUCAGCUUUCAUUCUCUUGUCGACCACGAAACGCUUCAAGUUAUUUUCUCACUUUAUGGAGGAGCUCCACAAGAGCACACUUAUGAAAUGAGAAAGUCUCCAGAUGCCGGACAAGACUUCUAUGUAUUUGGAGAAGUUGUUGUUCUUGUACAGUCAAGUUUUGAAUGCGACAGUGGAUUUACUGGAUCGAGAUGUCAGAGAAUCAAAGUCAAAGGAACUAAGUCUUCAACUACAACUACAUCAUCUGUUUCUCCAACAACUGUAUCCACUUCAACCUCCAUUCCGUCUUCAAGAUCAUUCGCUGUAAUCAGUGUCUCGAACUAUGUCAUCCUUCAUAUCAUUCUCGCAAUCGCUCUAGCAGUUCUAUUUAUUCUCCUCGUCGUCGUUCUCUGGAUCGUCUGCCGUCGUCGGACUGUUAGGCUUGACUCGGAAACCGUUUGCGAAUCGGCGGAAAACAAUAGUAAUAUGUCAACUGAAGAUGAUUCUGGAAUCGGAAGUGGGUUGAGCUAUACCACAGCCACAUUUACUACCGUAACUAUCACAUCCUGUUAAUCUAUUUUGUGUGUUCUCUCUUAUUAUUUCUUUAAAAUUACAUUUCGGUUAUUACUUUCCCUGUGAUCAUGUAUUAUCUUUAAAGUAUUAAUUGUGUUAGCCUUAUUACCUAGUCAAUUAUUGUUGUACUAAUUUUUUGAUAUUAUAUAUUUAUGGUGUUUACUCAAAAAAUAAACAUCAAAUCGUGUUUA